AAACUUGAAGCAAGAGAGAGAAUAAAGGAGAAGAGGAGGAGGGGGCGUUACUGAGGCGACAGAAGAAAGAAGUCUGGAUCCGCAGACGCAUAAUUGACUCUGACGGAGCCGGAUCGAUCUGAUCCGCAGUAAACCCGGAACAGAUGGAGGCCAGGGAGGGAGAGGAGUCCGCCGGGGAUCUUUGUUCACACCUCGGCUCCGCAGAUCAGAUCAGCGCAGAGAACUGCUACGAGAUUCUGACAAAAGCCAAGAGCGAGGGCGCGGAGGACGUGAAGGAGCGGGUCUACGGCUUCAUGAGCCGGCACUACCUGCACGUGCUGCGGACUCCCGCCACCUACGGCCGGCUGACGGCGGGGGAGAGGGAGCUGAUCCUGGCCCGCAGGAUGGAGGGGAGGGAGGUGCUGGCAGUGGCCGAGAGCAGCGAGGUGAGCGACCGCGGGGGGAGCCGGGAGAACAGCCGGCCUCAGAGCCCUCUGCUGCCCGGCCCGGAGGACCGCGGCCCCCGGCGGGUGUUCUGCCUCCACCCGGACACCCAGCAGUGGGAGGUGCUGACCAGCCUCCCGGAGGAGGUCCCGGCUAAAGGCUCCGGGAUGUGCACCAUGUACAACUACCUGUUCGUGGCGGGGGGGAUGAGGACGCACGCGGACGGCCGCUCCAAGGCGUCGGACCGGGUCUUCUGCUUCAACCCGCUGACCGGCGUCUGGAGCGGGGUCCGGCCGCUGACCCAGCCCCGCUGCCAGCUGCGGCUCGUCUCCAUGGACGGCUACCUGUACGCCAUCGGGGGGGAGUGUCUGUUCACGGUGGAGCGCUACGACCCGCGCGCGGACAGGUGGAGUCCGGUGGCUCCGCUGCCCCGAGGCUCCUUCGCCGUGGCGCACGAGGCGACGUCGUGCGGCGGGGAGCUGUUCGUGUCCGGCGGCUCGCUCUUCUACCGUCUGCUGCGGUACGACUCCCGCCGGGACGAGUGGGAGGAGUGUCCGUUCAACGAGAGCCGGCGGCGAUCCACGGACAUGGUGGCGCGCCGCGGCCUCGUGUACCGCUUCGACGUGGACCGGGAGCGCGCGGGAGUGAGCGUGUACAAGUACAACACGGUGGUGAAGGCGUGGCACGGCGGCGCCUUCCACCCGCUGGAGAACCCGCUGCCGUUCCGCUGCGCGGUGCUCGGGGACCGGGUCUACUGCGUCAACCGGAGCCACACGCUGCAGUUCGAGGUGCGGGAGGAGCGGGAGGGGUUCGUCUCGGAGGUCCUGCCCGCCCCCGCGGAGGCCAGAGGAGCCCUGUUUCCGUUCGUUCUCUCUCUGAACCGGGACUGAUGAUCCGGGACUCCUCCCCUUCCUCAGCCGGUUCCCGCCGCGCGGUGCCUUUUUCUUUUCACCUGUUGCUGCACAAGAAGCUGAGAUUAUCCAGGUGUUUGUUUCCAGCUGUGGAACAUCUGGACCUGAAGGAAUGUUUGUUUUUAUAGAAGCCAGAACCAGAACCAGAAGCUGGUCCUGUGCAGUAAACCCCGCCCUCCUGCUCCUCAUCAUCAGUUACCUGCAUGACGUCAUCGUGCCUGGUUCAGGUGUUUCUGGCUCCGCCCCCUGAAAGAACACAGUAGACGGAAUGAAGGUCAAAGGUCACAAACAUGAAAUGUGCAAUAAAAUUAAUGAAACCAAA